AUGGACAAGAGGCUGAGAUUAUAUCCUGGAUAUGUGGGAGCUGUCAUCAAGAUAUCAGCCUACGAUGACCUGAACAGAGGGACAGCAAAGAAGCUUGGUGCUGUUGUUGUGGGAAUAGACUACAGACUUGCUCCUCAGUAUCCAUUCCCAGCUGCACUUGAAGAUUGUAUUCUUGUGGUCAAGUUCUUUCUCCAGGAUAAAGUUCUUGCAAAAUACAGAGUCGAUCCUGCUCGCAUCUGCAUUAUGGGAGACAGUUCCGGAGGUACCUUGGCAGCAACAGUGACUCAACAGCUACAGAAUGAUCACAAUUUCAAAGACAGAAUUAAGGCACAAGCAUUGAUGUACCCUUUCCUACAAUGGCUUGAUAUUUCUCUACCAUCUCAUAAAGAGUAUAAAGAUGGUCCAAUUCUGUUCAGAGAGAUGACAAUUAAGUUGGUGUCCCGGUAUGUGACUGAAGACAAAGUUCUGACCCAGGCGGCACUGAGAAAUGAGCACAUGCCAACAGAGUCAAGACACCUGUUCAAGUUUGUUAACUGGAGUUAUUUUCUUCCUGAGAAGUAUAAAAAGAACCAUGUUUACACUGAGCCCAUUCUUGGCAAACUAAAUGCUUCCUAUCCAGCACUUAUGGACAGCAGGCUGUCCCCUUUGUUAGCCAGUGACUCCCAGUUACAGAAUUUGCCACCUACCUACAUCCUCACAUGUGAACAUGAUGCCUUAAGAGAUGAUGCUCUCAUUUACAUCUCACGGCUUAGAAAUGUUGGGGUUCAAAUUACUCAUGACCACAUAGAAAAUGGAGUCCAUGGAGCCAUGUCGUUCACCAGGGCUCCAGUGUUUUUACAUGUGGGAUUAAAAAUGAGAGAUAAGUAUAUUGCUUGGUUAGAGGAAAAUCUAUAA